CAGAGGCAUAACCGUAUCGCGUUCUUAAUGAUAGUGCACAAGAUCGUCACUGUGAUGGAGUUGAUGUAUUUGGGAACAAUAUUACGAACUCAAUUUUUUAAAGCACGAGCUGAAACGUGAAACAUUAAAACGAUAAAACAGAGUUAUAUAAGAGCAUACCAAUAGAAUAAAAACAAUAGAGACAAAACCACAAGUAUCAUGGAAGAAAUUUAUGAUAUACGCGCAUUCUAUCAGCAGCGAAGAUUUACAACAUAGACAUUUUUGACUUAUCGAAAAGCACUUCUUGUCAGUAAGCAAUGCUCAUUAUUAGUAAACGAGGAUGACAGAGAAAACCACGUGAACAGCGGAAGUUUGUGUGACGAGUAAUAAUUGAAUACAGUUGUGAGUUCUGAAUUUGAACAGUGUGAAACGUGGAAGACACGUACUUAUUUUUUCAGUAUCGUAAUCAUUUUAAAGGAAUGUGUAUAAAAAUAUUUAGAAAAGUUUCGUCCAGCAUGCGUAACACUUAUUGCGUAACGAAAGUUUUAUUUCAAUAUUUAGAAGUACCCUUAAGUGUUAACAUUAGAAUCAGUUCUGUAAUGCAUGAGGCGAUUGUACCAAACAGGACUUCCGCUACUAAAGUGGGUAUACAGACUGAUAUUAGGCAGACUGCAGUCGCAAGAGAUGCGUAUUCUGGCACGAAGAAAAGUACAUCAAGUGUGAAUCAUAAAUUAGAGGGUUCUAAGGAGAAGUUUUCGAAAGAUGUUCUGGAGUACUUGAAUUCUAAAGAUUAUCUCAAGUCCGUUUUGUAUUGUUUACCCCAGAAGCUUCUGAAACGCAAAAGAAGUAAUCCAGAUGCUCUGUAUACUGUAGAUCGAGAUGUUGCCAAAAAACUAGUUGAUGUGAUUGCACUGGAUGUUGUGAAGGGAGGAGCUCCAGUGUUUGAAGUAAAUCCAGGCCUUGGAUUUAUAUCUAGGGAACUGCUUGCUGCAGGUGUUCAAAGACUGUGGCUCUCUGAAUCUUCAUUAGCAUUUUCUCAACAAUUGAAGGAUUUGAAAACUGAAUUCACAGAAAAAAUUGAAAUUGUAAAUAAGGACUUGUUUACAUUGCCAAAACUGGCUUUCCAAGAUAAUCAGGAUGGUGGUUCACGGGUCCGCAGCCUCUUUCGUGGAGUACCCAAAUCAGAGUGGAAGGAUGAUCCUGUAAUGAAAAUUGUUGGUGUGUUACCUUCCCUGUCAUUCAUCAAGUACAUAAUUCAGAGCCAUGUUUUUCAGCAUGGAGUUAUGGCACUUGGCAGGCCAGAGUUUUAUUUUGUUAUGACCCCAGCUCAUUAUUUUUGUUUGACCUGUCAACCUGGAGAUGGCUACUUCUUCUAUAGAUCAACUAGUGUACUUUUCCAAUUGAUAUUUGAGUGGUGUUUACUCGAAAAGCUUCCACGUACUGGAUUUUUACCUUGGGAAAUGAAACGUGGUACCAAAAGGUGGUCUAAAGUGGCAAAGGUGCAUAAUAUUGAUCCAGGGACUAUGUACCUUGUGAAAAUAGUUCCACGGAAAAAUUUCUUCCAAACAGUUGUUUCAGCAGACCAGCUUCAACCCUUGUGGUUUUUUGUUCGACAUAAUUUGAUAAGUCGAAAGAACAGAGUCAUACCUCAGCUAGAAAUAUAUUCUUUGGACAGGAAAUGGAUUCCUGGCUGCGGUUCUCGGUUUAUUGUGGAUGGGAUGACUAUCUUCACACAGUUUGGUGAUCUGACUCCACAGGAAAUACUGACAGUGUUCCACAAGUUCAUUAGCUGGCCAGAAUAUGGUGUAUGUCCAUUCCAUGCUGUAAUGGAAACCACCUUUAUGAGGAUGGAGUCAGGUAUUGAUAGUACUGGAAAGGAUUCCGAUGAUGAGAUUGAGGAAGAUGAAGAAUCAUAGGUCAUCUGAGAAGGAAGAUACAUCAAACCUUAUGCUUCUAAGGAAUGUAGCCAUGCUUGUUAUUUGUUAAGUUCCUUUAGAUAUGGUACAUGUUGACUUUCUGGCCUCUGCCCAUUUAAGCAAAUGUGUACAGUACACAUAUGACUGGGGGUGGGGGAGGCGCAGGGUUUAUCACUGAUAAAGUGAUCAUGCAGGUGAUGGUCAACAGAGGGAAUAUACAGCUUGAUGUGGACUCUGAACCAUGGUGGGAGAGCUGGUAAUCUUCCCUGUGUCAUUGUGUUAUUAAAUAUUUUGCUUACCUAUGAAUAUGUAAAAUAAUAACAUGAGCGUUCACUUAUAUAUCUUUUUCUCCUGAUUCCGUACAGAAUGUGACCAUUGCACGGUGUCUUAAAAGAAUGAGCAAAAAUAAUAAACUGAAUAACGAAUUAGUACACAUUUUGUUUUCAAGGAAGUAGUUAAAACUCAUUUCUUUCACAUCAAGGUUCAGACAAGAUACUAAUGUCUAGUUAGAUGACAUAUCCUUUUUCAUGGUAUUCCUUGGUCUGGACAGUAAAAUGAUGGGACACUAGUAUCCUUAAAAGGAGUCACUGGCUUCUGUUAGGUUUGGCAAUUAAAAAAUCAGACCGAAGUUUCUGUGUAGCAAGAAGCAACGUGAGUUAGGUGGUGUGUGAGUACAUGAUUCAGCAUUUCUUUUUGCCACUGAGUUUGAUGUGGUUUUUUGGUUUCAGUAAUUGUUUUUUAACAUUGAACACAUUAUUAUACAAGGAUGCAAAUUGAAUGAAACCAUUAAUAACAGAAAGUGUAAUGUAACACUCAGUGUAACACUUGUGCAACCUCUUACAUAACCGCUGAUAACUCGAGACCUGUGGCUUAUUUUAUAUUAAAAGUUAUAUGUAAAUGAAAGAAUAAAGACUGAUCUGU